ACUAUUUUCUAAAAAUGUGAAAAAAUAGAGCGCACAUACCUUUGCACUAUUACGAAAACGGAAUGUUUUUUUUGACGUGCCUAUGGGCGCAUGGUGUUGCUCAAAGGCACUUCAACAGCAGCCAGGAAGCAAACGAGCACCUCUAGUAGUGAUUUGAGUUUGACUUAGAAUAGAAAUGAAGUUGAAUGCCAAACACGCAAGUGGCUUAAGUACAAAAAGAAGGAGGCACAUUCGAGGAAUGUCAUUUUGGGGAAGAGGUCAGUGUCUUAGGGCUGCCUGGCUUCCAAAAACAGUGCACCCACCGCCACCCCGCACCCACCCCUCAUCGUGGCGUGGCCCUGAACUUCUAAGAAGUCUUGUUCCCGUUAUCCCAUUAAAGGGUUAUGUCUGCUUUUGGCUCCUGCCAAGAUCAAGUAGAUUAAGUUCACCCUCGCUCAGACAGGAGCGUUUCAGAUCGUCAGCGAACGUCCCCCUCGGCUCAUUCGUUUCUCGCCGGAGCUCGUCUGUAUCGCCGCAAUCCUCGGAGCCUGCCUGCCUGCCGGCAUGGGCGCCCACGGCUCCAACCUGGACGACAUCUUGGAGGAGGACAUGCACCACUGGUACACCAAGUUCAUGAGGGAGUCGCCGUCGGGCCUCAUCACGCUCUUCGAGCUGAAGACCAUGCUGGAGAUGAACGGCAUGACGGAGGAGGCCAGCAGCUACGUGGACCAGGUCUUCUUUACCUUUGACAUGGACGGGGACGGCUACAUCGACUUUGUGGAGUACAUCGCUGCCAUCAGUCUUCUCCUUAAGGGAGAAGUCAACCAGAAGCUCAAGUGGUACUUUAAGCUUUUCGACCAGGACGGAAACGGCAAAAUCGACAAAGAUGAAAUGGAGACCAUCUUCAAGGCCAUUCAAGACAUUACCAGGAGCUAUGAAAUUCCCCCUGAAGAGAUCGUCACGCUCAUCUAUGAGAGGAUCGACGUCAACGGGGAAGGUGAGCUGACCCUGGAGGAGUUCAUCAGUGGUGCUCGGGAGCACGCAGACAUCAUGGAGAUGCUCACCAAGAUGAUGGACCUCACCCACGUACUGGAGAUCAUCAUCAUGGGACAACGCAAGGAGUCCAAAUAAGGAGCCGGGCGGAACGCCGCCCAAUUGAAAGUGUACACUGCCCCCCGGUGGAAGGAGGCCCGGCUUCUCAUGGGACAACGCCUUUUUGUUUUUCUAUUGGUAAAUUCUGGAGGUUCCUUUGAGAAGCUGAGAAAAUGGCGACACGGACCCGGGGACGCUGCCGGUCUGCUUUGCUACAAUGCAGUCAAUCAAGAGGCCUCAGAAGGAAGGAACCCGACUCAUUUGAAGCAAGGCCCCGGUAGCUUAAGUGAAAGGUCAAAAUGGGUUCUUUUAUUUCCACCGAUCACAAUUGACGACGGAUCGUCUUCAAACUCGCAUGGGUGGCUGUUCGCCAUCCAGGUGGGAUUCUUAGUAAUUUUGAAUGCUGACAGGCUGAGAUAUAGUCGUUGAAGUCAUUUUUAAAAAUC